AUGUGGAAUAUGGGUUCCAAGGGCAAGAACAAGAAGAGUAUGAACACAAGUGAAAAAAGGAUUGAAAGAUUUUGCACCUUAGAUCCUAUGGAAUUCUUUUCAUUCCCUCCCAAAGAAGCUCCGACUCCUUUACCUGUUCUUGCUCUCAACAUUUUUCCGCCCUUGGCCGAGUUCAUAGAUUUCGGCGGCGCUUCUAAACAUGUCAUGACAAACAGUGGUGGCGCUAGGAUUGUAAUAAAAGUCAAAUGUAGUAAUAACUCCUUAUUUAAGGUCUCCCCAGUUUAUGCCUUCUUGGAUCCUGGCGCAUCCAUGGAUCUGCAGAUACUAAGGCAUGAAGGACCAACGCGUAAUGAUAAACUUGUCAUCAUGUACAAGGAAGCUAGAAAAGGAGAAAAAAAUGCCAAAAAGAACUUUCAAUUAACUGAAGGAGUGACGGCUAAGAAAGUCCUUCCGCUUAUAACGAGAGAUCCAGACGAAGGAUCUUGA